AUGUUCUUCCUCAGGGAACUUACCCACACCAUCCUCCUCCACCCGUCGUACUUUGGGGCUCAGCUCGAGGAUUAUCUUCGGCAAAAGCUGUAUGAGGAUGUCGAGGGGACGUGUAGUGGGAAACAUGGAUACAUCAUCUCGGUGAUCCAUAUCUCGUCUAUAGGCGAGGGGAAGCUGCUCCCCGGGACUGGUCAAGCCAGGUUUAAGACAAACUAUACCGCCGUCGUGAUGAAGCCCUUCAAGGGUGAGGUGGUGGAUGGGCGCGUGGUGAAUGUAAAUAAGAUGGGUUUCUUCGCUAUGGUUGGGCCAUUACAAGUCUUUGUCUCGUCACACCUCGUGCACGCAGAUAUGAAGUUUGACCCGAACGCCUCGCCUCAGUGCUAUCGCUCCAACGACGAGUUGAUACAGAAAGACACCAAGGUCAGGAUCCAGAUCGUAGGGUGCAGAGUAGAGGCGAACGAUAUCUUCGCGAUUGGGACAAUCAAGAAGGACUUCCUCGGUCAAAUGCGAGAAGAAUAG